AGCCAAGCGAAGCUGAAACGGCGAGGAGCUCCUGCCUGCACACCACUGACAGCCCGUCCAGCGAGAAGGACCCUCAAGCCCCUCUGAGCACCCCCGAAACAGCAGCUAUGUCUGGCCCUGCGCUGUCUGUCUGUCUGCUCUGUCUGCUGUCCAUCUGCACAGCCUGCUACAUCUCCAACUGCCCCAUCGGGGGCAAGAGAGCACUGCUGGACAGGCCCGGCCACAAGUGUAUGGUGUGUGGCCCCGAGGACAGGGGGCGCUGUUUUGGCCCCAGUAUCUGCUGUGGGGAGGAGCUGGGCUGCUAUGUGGGCACCCCUGAGACAGCGCGCUGCCUGGAGGAGAAUUACCUGCCAUCUCCCUGCGAGGCCGGGGGCAGAGCCUGUGGUGCUGAGGGGGGGCGCUGUGCUGCUCCAGGGGUCUGCUGUGAUGAAGAGGGCUGUAGGGUUGACUCGUCUUGCCGAGGAAGAGAUGACAGCAGCCAAUCAGAAAGCAGCAGUCCAGCUGUGGGCGGGGACUUCCUGCCAAGACUGCUCCACAUGGUGAGCCACACACCCUCAAGAAGACUACACCAAUGAGCCCUCAGCAGGGGGGAGAGGGUUGUACCACUGUGCACAAAUCAGGGGUUGGCCAGCAGUGACUUAGUCCAACUGUGCCUAUAUCUCUUGGGGCACCACUACCUGUGUCUCAUCCUUGUAUACCCCCUCCCAACAAUGAACCCCCAAACUCAUGGACUGCAAAUACAUUAAUAAAAUGCUGGAUACUACUACCAAUACUACUGUAGGGUAUAUAUCGAUACUGUGUAAAUUUAGAAUGAUGAGAAAUUGAUUGGUCAGAAGCCAAUAAAUAAUCUGUGAUUGUACUA